AUGGCUCCCUCGUUCGUCACCAUUGACAACACUUCCGACUUUGACUUCACCUCUCCCACGACAACCGCGACACAGCCCUUCCAGAAUGGCGCCUCGUCGAAGCGCUCUCUCCUGCUCGCGCCUCCCAGCGUAGCCUCCCACCCUGCGGCCCUCGCCGCCGUCCUCGCCUCGCACCCCCGUGCCACCACCGACCUUCAAAUGCUUGACCGCCUGUCUGCUGGUCUCAUCACCCUCCCCGAAGCCACCUACGACCUCAUACUCAUCCUCUCCGACGCCGACGGCUCCCGUGCCGAGUCCACCCCGCUCCUGCUCAACAAUCGCGCCCUCUUCGGCCAGGUCGCCGAGGCCCUGCGACCGGGCGGCCAGCUGCGCGCCCAGGAAGGCGGAUCCGCUGGCGCCUUGACCGAAAGACCAGGCUCUCGCCAGGGAGGCCGUACUCAGUGGGCCUGGUCGCCGAUGCCUCGGGUGCGCUCGCCAAGCCCGACUACGGCGACGCCGGGCGAGAGCGUGUCCCUGGGCUUGAAGUUUAGAAAGAACAAGAAGAGCGACGCCGGGGCCUGCCGUCGGCGCCCGCCACCGUCUCGCUGGGCGGCAAGCCCACGACCCGUACUGCAGCUGCGUCUGGCAGAGAAGCUAGCGGCCGAAGACGCUGCGAAGCGCGCCGCCGCAGACGCCCAGCUCGGCGCCAUCCAGAAGCAGGCGGCCAACGUCAAGCUGGCCGCCGAUGACCUGGCCGAGGUUGACUUUACCGUCCAGGGCAAGGUCGGCAGCUGCGGCAACUGCGCCCUGGGCGACGCGUUCCGAUGCGAUGGAUGCCCCUAUGUCGGUCUCCCUCCCUUCAAGCCGGGCGAGGAGGUCAGACUCCUCAACAACGAGAUUCAACUGUAA